CUCUCUAUCUGCCUACCCGACCCGAGCACCCAUCUCUGAAUCGUGUCCGCAGUGGCAGCCCAGUUUUUCAAGAGAAGCCACCAUCACCAGCGCACCAAGAAGAUGGAGGUGUACCGGGCCAUGCCCAUGUCUCCCCCCUCCUCCUUCAGUGCCCACUACUCGGCCGCAAAGUCGGAGCCUUUCGACGAGCUGGCGGCGGAUUUCGAGGCGAAGCUCGGCGUCUCCGAGGCCGGGCCUGAUGGGUCCGGUGCCACUGCCGUAUCUGCGGAGCAAGAGCAGCCGCGGCAGCAGCUCGACGGCGAAGACGGGGAAGACGACGGGGAUUCGGACUUCGAGUUCGCCUGUCUCGACCCGGGGGGCUCCCCGGUCUCCGCCGACGACGUCUUCGACAACGGCCGGAUCCGCCCCUUCUUCCCCCUCUUCGACCGGGGCCUCGUGUUCGCCGGCGCCGAGGCGGGCUCCGAGCCGGGCACUUCGCCGUCGCGGGUGAAGAGGGUGUUCGCGGAGGCGGGCGCCGGCGGCGGGGCGGAGGAGCCGCGGGGGACGUACUGCGAGUGGACGGCGAGGAUCGUGGAGGAGACGCCGCCCUCGCCGGGGAGCUGCCGGAAGAGCAACUCGACCGGGUCCUCGAAGCUGUGGCGGUUCCGGGACUUGCUGCCGCGGAGCAACAGCGACGGCAGGGACGCCGUCGUGAUGCUGAGCCCUCCCGCCGACGCGAAGCCGAGCGACCGCGGCGCCGAGAAGUCGAAGAGGCCGACGGAGAAGGCCGUCGAGAGGAAAGAGGCGAAGAAAGGGAAGGGGAAGGGCAAGGCGACGGCGCCGCCGUCGGCGCACGAGAUGCACUACGUGAAGAGCAGGGCGGUGAAGGAGUCGGAGAAACGCAAGUCGUACUUGCCGUACCGGCGGGACCUGCUCGGGCUCGGGUUCUUCACCAGCGUCAAUGGGUUGAGCAAGAAUCUGCACCCAUUUUGAGCAAACCGCUGUGGAUUACCGAUUAGCAUUUAGGGGUCAAAACCAUCGAUUCAUUGAUUCAAUUCGUGCAAAGAUUUGUUCAGUCGAUGUUGUCUGCACAGGAUGUUAUCAAAGUCCUGUGGGAGAUGAUAUUAGUCCUACGUAGGGAUAGGUGGCGAAUUCACUUCGAUUCCCGAUUAGUGAAUUCGGGGUUGUUCAGAUCGUAACAGUAGUGGUUUCGAUUUUGGUUCUUGCUUUCAUCAAUACCCAGUUGAUGAUAUGUACAGUCGAUUUGGAUAUGCUUUCCUCCAUCAAGAGUGAUGGCUCUUGCCGAAAGUAGGCCCUGUUAAGCCAAAACAAUGCAUGUGACAUGUCUGGUUUUUUCUUUCUUUGAUUGGGAAUGGAAUGUGACCUGUUUGAUUCUUCA